UUGCCAGUGGGGCGAUUUGGUCUGCUUCCGCAGAAAACAAUCAUCUCCCGUAGGAUUUUCGAUUUUUUAUUUUAUUGUACGCUUCUGUUACCCUAUCCAAAAAGCCGAGAAUAAGGAAAGAGAACAUGAGUGGAUAGAAAAGAAACCAGUAUUUCGAGGAACUAUUCUCGAUUUUCAUGCAAGAGGAGUAAGACUGCUUAAACAAUUUGUCAUAAUCACAAAGAAAAGAGACAUAAAUAUGAUGAGUGAUAAUCAGAAAGAACCUCAGAGAGGAGGCAGUGAGGUAGAUUCCAAGGUUGGAGACAGUCAGAUGGAUGGGAAAGGAGGUUAUGACCAAGCUGAUGCUGCAGGUUAUCCACCAGAAGAUCCGUCUUAUCAAGGGAGACAACAACCAGCUUUUAAAGAUUUAAAAAUCCAAGUAAUCACAGAUAUUGCAGAUAUCAGAGAGGAAGAAUUCAAUUCACAAACCUAUAAAACAUGUAAAAAUGUCGGGAAAGCUGUUAUUGUUAGUAAUUUUAUGGAUGGCUAUGUUAAAAGAAAUAACAGAGAUUUGGCUAUCAGGUCGUAUGCCACAGGUGAUUGUCAGAAGCUAGAGGGCGCACUAAAAAGGAUUGGAUUUCAACCCUUGGAUAAUCAAGACAGCAUGGUUCACAAAAACUUAACAAAAAGUCAGUUUAUUGCCCUAUACAAUAAAGUCGCCAAGGAGAUCAACUACAGACCUAAAGGACAAGAAGGAUAUACCUCUGUACUAUUUUUUGUAAUGUCUUAUGGGAGAUCAGGACUAAUAAGGUGUCAUGCAGAACCAGGAGAUAAGGGAGACCAUCCAUUUGUUGAACAAAAACACUUACAAGAAGCCUUCCAACCACAGAAUAAUCAUUCACUGGCUCUGAAACCAAAGUUGUUUAUCAUCCAGACUAUUCCUGAAUCAACAUCUGAGGCCGAUGCUGCAGGUGCUACUGAAGUAACAACCACCAAGAGGAUACCAAGAGAGGCAGAUUUCUUAACAUAUGCCUGUGAUCAUUAUUGUAUAAAAGGUGAAAACAAUGUCUUUAUAGACUCGGUAGUGCAUGUUUUAAACAAUCUAGCCAAGGAGAAAGAGGAGAGCAAGCCUGCCAUGGAGAUACAGAAAGUUUUAAUAAGAAUGAACAAACAGUACAAAGACACCAGAAAAUACCAAAGUUGGAAACUGCCUUGUGUUACAUCUUCUCUUACAAAGCAGUUGAUCCUGUUUUGAUUUUUACAUAAAGUGGAAAAUUUCUAACACAAUUGAAACAAAAAGCCCGCCUAAAGGGAAAACAAAUCACUAUUUAAAAAAAAAUCAUUGGUGUGUACUUAUUUGACCUAUUUUCUCUGUAUUUAAAAUGAAAAACAUUUUCUGUAAUGAAAUUUUGCAUAAUAUGCUAUUGCACUAUAAUAUGAAGUUUAUAUUGAGAAGUACUGGGUCCUAGGUAUAUACAAGUAUUAAAGUGUAAGUAAUAUCCAUAAGAUUAUAUGAUUCAAGAAAUGUGAAUGCCAUCCAUGAUAAAAAUAUCUUUACUUGGAAACUUUGAGGUAAUAAGGACAUUUCUUUAUACUCGAUUUCAUUAUAAUUUACUGAUAAUGUAGUUUUAUAUUGGAACAUGUAUCAUGCACUAUCAUGACUAUUAAUGUUUAAAAGUUGACACAUUUUGUAUGCAUUUUCUUGAAUAUUAUUGCUACUCAUAAAUUAUAGGAAUCAAUUCUAUAAGAGUAUUAACAAAUUACCAACAAUUUUUUUUUUCUGUUAUUUUUUGUUGAGUAAUAAUGAUAUGCAUGAUAUGGAUUGCUAAAUUCUUUCAGGGUGCAUCAUUUUGGAUAGACAUGUGUUUGAGAAACAUAUCUUAUUUAAAUAUGUAAAUGAUGUAUCACAUAAAUGUAAUUGUUAUCCUUUUUCCCUGUAUGUGAAAGGUACAAUACCACAAAAGGAAAUUUGGGAUUGAUUUUGGGGAUGAUGGUCCCAAUCAAUUAGAAUUAGGGGCCCAAAACAACAUUUUUCUAGUUACUUGUAUGUGAAAGGUACAGCUGUAAUGGGAUUGUCAAUCUGCCUAACAGUUCAUAUCAAAUUGUCAUUAACAGAUAUUUAUAUUUUUUUACAUAACUAUUUAAAUUGACUUUUAAUGGAUUUUAGCAGAGCCAUAUGCAAUAUUGGUAUCAAUAAUUAUUUUCUACAUUAAACAUGUUUAUUAGCAUCUUUCUUUAUCCAUUUAAAACUUUUUCUAGAUAGCCAAAAGUUAUCAAAGGUACCAGGAUUAUAAUUUAGUACGCCAGAUGCGAGUUUUGUCUACAUAAGACUCAUCAGUGACGCUCAUAUCAAAAUAUUUAUAAAGCCAAACAAGUACAAAUUUAAGAGCAUUGAGGAUUCAAAAUUCCAAAAAGUAGUGCCAAAUACGGCUAAGGUUAUCUAUGCCUAAAAGUGAUUUACCAAUUUAAUACAUAUAAAUAUACGAUUGACAUGAUUUAUUCUAUUAACCAUAUCUUGUAUUAUAUUAUAUUCACAAAUUAUAUUGGAUAUGGUCCUUACCUCGUAUCUACUAUCCCCUUCCCUUUCAUGAAUGUGACCUACAGAAUUAGACUAUUUACCAGAUUUGUUUUAACAUAAGCAAUACGACGGGUGCAACAUGUGGAGCAGGAUCUGUUUUCCCUUCCAGAGCACCUGAUAUCACCUCUAGUUUUUUGGUGGGGUUUAUGUUGCUUAUUCUUAAGUUUUCUGUGUUUUGUCAUGUGUUCUAUUGUUUGUCUGUUUUGUCUUCUUUGUAUUUUCAUUUAAAUCCAGGCAUUGUCAGUUUGAUUGUCCCUCUGGUAUCUUUUGUCCCUCUUUUGAUUAUAGUUUGUAAAUUAUUAUGUUUCUAUUAACCAACAUUGUCACUAUGGUUUUUAAAAUAUUAUAACAGGGUAAAAUAAAAAUAACAGCCUAUACUGUUUAUUCAUGAAUUACUGUGUGCAUUAGUUAUAUUGAUUUUUGAAGAAUGGACAAAAGUUAGAGAUUAUUCAUUGCAAUUUCAGGAAAAUCUUCUUACAGAUAUAUGUCACUCAUUUGUAUAUUUGUAU